AUGCGUUUUGGUGUAAUCGGCUUAAAAGAGUGCAUCACUGGUAGCGACUAUGACUGCAAUGGGAGGAAUGGGAGCAAUGGGAGCAAUGGGAGCAUCGAUUCUCAAUCGUCUUCUGAUGGCAGCGAUUCUGAGUCCACACCCGAUUCAAAGCCACAAAAAGCCAUUUCCCCUCAAAGCCAAACGCAAACACAUUUAUUGUCGCGUUUUGAUGGCAUUCCGCUUAAGAAACAAAACCUCUUCGACGCCAACCUUUCAUUCAUAAAUAGUUGCACUUCGGCUCCCUUUCCAUCGCUGACCAACUCCUCGCCCCUCUUCAUAAGUCCCACUCUUUUCAAACCGAUUCUUGCAAACAACAUAAGUCAGGGAAGACCUCUCAACCUAUCGGUCACUAAUUCCUCGCACGAAUCGCUCGCAUAUUCCACUCAACUCUCGUCUAAUCAGUGCUCUUCCGGAUCGAGUCAUUCAAAUCAGAGUGAAUUCACUCAAAACAACCAAAUUAUGCGAAACUCUAUUAAGCGGCCAUCGCCUGGACUUCUUUGUGUGGUUUGUGGCGACACAUCCAGUGGUAAACAUUAUGGCAUACUUGCGUGUAAUGGUUGCAGAUGUCAAGCGGGAACUGGUGGUUGUGUUAUAGACAAACAACACCGCAAUCAAUGCCAGUCAUGUCGACUCAAAAAGUGUCUAACAAUGGGAAUGAAUAAAGACGCAAACAGUCUUAUGAAAGCAGAGUUGAAGGAUAUCUUUUAA